GCGCAUGCGCAUCACCCCGCUAAACAUUUGGCGACGUGUACCCGGUGUGUGGAAGUGGAAAGGCUUCUCACCUCUGCUGGGUAACGAGCUGCCAUUAAAACCUAAAAAGCCGUACUAGUGUAAAACCAUGGGAGGUGCGCAGAGUGUGGAGAUACCAGGAGGAGGCUCCGAGGGCUACCACGUCCUCCGGGUUCAGGAGAACUCGCCAGGACACCGCGCAGGACUGGAGCCUUUCUUUGAUUUUAUUGUCUCCAUCAACAACACCAGACUGAACAAGGACAAUGACACCUUAAAAGACUUGCUGAAAGCCAGUGUUGAGAAACCAGUCAAGAUGCUGGUUUACUCCUCGAAGACCCUGGAGCUGCGGGAGUCUACAGUCACCCCUAGCAACCUGUGGGGGGGGCAGGGCUUGCUCGGUGUCUCUAUUCGUUUCUGCAGCUUCGAAGGAGCCAAUGAGAAUGUUUGGCAUGUGUUGGAAGUAGAGCCUAAUUCCCCAGCAACCCUUGCUGGCUUACGGCCACACACAGACUACAUCAUUGGAGCCGACACCGUUAUGAAUGAGUCUGAGGACCUGUUCUCUCUAAUAGAAAGCCAUGAGGGGAAAGGACUGAAGCUCUAUGUGUACAACACCGACACAGACAACUGCAGAGAAGUGAUCAUCACACCUAACAGUGCCUGGGGAGGAGAGGGAAGUCUUGGAUGUGGGAUUGGCUAUGGAUACCUCCACAGGAUUCCUACUAGGCCCUUUGAGGAGGGGAAGAAGAUCAGCUUCCCUGGAAACUCUCCCAGUGAGCCUGUCAGUCCGCUAAAGGAUGGAUUCACUGAGGUCCAACUCUCAGCAGUGAGCCCUCCAGGUACUGGACCUGCCGUCCCUACUGGCCUUGAAGAUUCAUUGUCUAGCCUGUCAAUCAGCUCGGCCCCGCCCACCAUGCCCAGGGAGCUGCAGACAGGUUUGCCCACUGUCCCUCUGCUCCCCUCCACCUGCCACGCCCUCAGCCCACUCACUUCACAGAAUCCUGCCACCACCGGCUUCCACCCCGGGUCCACGCUACCAGGUCUGAUGCCCCUGCCAGGUGGCUUACCACCGCUUCCCAACUUGCCCAACCUCAACCUGCCUCUCCCAGACCUCAGCGCCAUGUCACUAGCAGGCGGUGGCACCUUAGGAUCAGCAGGAGGUACAGGACCCUCUCUGGCAGCGUUGCCACCCCUCAACUUCCCAGGCCUGGCCCCCUUACCCCUUCUACCUACCAUGCUGCCCUCCCAGCUGCCGCCUCUCCUCCCCCAUGGAGUGGUCCCCCUCCUGCCCAUCUCCACCUCCGCUCCUACAGCCUCGGUCACGGUCACAGCCGGGCCCGCCGUUGACCCCACAGUCCCCACAGAAGCGGCCUCCACGGAAUUGGCGGCCUCCACGGAAACCACAUUAGCGUCGUAAUAUGUCAACGAAGGUUCCACUUGCCAUGAAACCAAAACACAUACCCGCUCCCCCCUCCCGCGUCUUUCUCUGUGUUUUUCUAUUUAUUUGGCCAAGACGACAGGCAGAGCCGCACCAGUUAAACCCCCAGGUCGGCAUGUCCCAGGUAUGAGUGAGGAAGCUUAUUUGGAGUGAUGCAAUACAGCUGGAUAUGAAGCAUGGAAGAUGGUUGUAAACUGGUCUGACCAACAUGUCUUUAUUAGCAGAUUGUCAUGGAGAUAGGUCAAGCCCCUGUAUAAGGGUUGGUGAAGUCCACUCAUGGGCUUGUAGUUUGCUUCAUACUUCUACAGUCACAACAAGGAUUGACCCCUUUCAGAAUUGGUGAUUGUCUCUGUUUAACUUUUUUUAUUAUAACCUAUAUAUAUGUAUAAACAUGUAUACAUUAUAAAAACAUUUAUGUUAAUGGGACGGGAUGAUAAAUAUUAGAAGUUGGCUUACGGGAGAAAAUAAACAUUGUGCAGUGUUUUGUUAAAACAUAAUUACUUAGACUAAAAUAUCAAUUCAUCAUGUUACCAAUUUACUGGUCUUAUUGUCCAGCCCUAACAAUUAACCUUUUAUUAUUAGUUAAUUGGAUCCCUGACCAAUAGAUACAAUUGAUUGACCUGUAUACCUUUUGAAAGUGCUUUAUGACUGUCUUCACCUAAUGAAUGAAUCUGCAUUAUUUUGCACCACAUUUGUGUUUUGAAAAUGAUUAGUUUGUCCCUUUUUGUAUGUCUCCAUGUAUAAAGAACUCUACCUAUAUCCCUCUCUGCCACAUAGGGAUGGUAACAGCCUGAAGGCCACGCCAGAGGGGAUAGUUACAGCAGCUACUGAGUAGAGUGUAUGUUGGGUGCUGUUGGGUGGAACGUGGGUGCGGGGUAUUAAUAUUUCCAUAUUACGUCUGCUCUGGGUCGGCUGGAGCAAAAAUGUUGGGCAUAGUUGCAGUGACGCAGUACAACCACAGGGGUUCACUGUAAAAUAACUUUGAGAACAUCAACACUGCAAGCAAUAAAGCCAAAUUAAUUUUA